AUGGGAGGCAGCAAUAAGGGUUCCAACGUCACAAAAUUUUUUGCUGAACAACUCAACUUCUUUGAGGACUACCUGCAAGACUACUGGAAUUACCAAAACCCCAACUUUAUUCUUCCCAAAAAAUCUAACCAAGGUAUGCCUCCACCAGCCAUUUACGGUGAGCCCAAAAUCCGCUCUACUGAAAAUGGCUCAGUAUUCUUGGAGGUGGUCGUAACUGGUGCUGAUCCUGCAAAAACGAAAUGGAUGCUUGGAGGAAAAGAGCUCGAACAGAAUGAAUGCUACAUCUUCAGCCACUCAGAUGAGGGAGGAAAUAGGAAGAAAUUGACUUGCGAAAUCAAGGACUUCGACAAGCCUCUUGCUGGAGAAUACAAAGCAGUUUUCUACUCAGCGGAUGGAGAGAACUCUGCUACCUUCAAUGUCACUGCCGGAAAUGCACCCGACUUCCAUGACAAGCCUCAUAUUGUUCAAAGGGACAAUGGAAAUGUGAUUGUUAUCAAAGUACGGGCAAAAUCACAUUUGGAGAUGAAAGCAGAGUGGUUCAAGGAUGAUAAACCUGUCAAAUUCUCCGAUCGCAUCAAAUCUGUUGUAAAGAAAGACGACAAGGAUAAGGAAGGCUACCAGUUUCUCUUGGAAAUUUACGGACCACAAAAGGAAGACGAGGCUAAAUACAAAUGCGUUGUGAAAAAUGCAGAAGGACAGAAUCAGCAAUCUUUGAAUCUUGUGUUUGACUAGAAAAAUUUGAUUGUUUACAGGCUAAUGACAUUUAGAUUGCAGCAACUUGUUUUUCUGUUUUCCAUUUCGUUCGUGCCAUAAUAAUUAUGUAGCUUUUGAUCUUCUUAGUUUGUUAUCUAUCAAUAAAGAUUACCUGUGCUCGGAACAUAUCCAAAA